AUGCGCGUUUAUUAAGCCUAAUUUGAAGAAAAAACAGUCUCGUUCAAACCUUCUAGUCUGUCAUAAAAGUCCUAAGACUCACGUUUUCUUAUCUCCUUCUUGUUCUUCUUUAUACUCCAUUUAUAUACUUGGCAACCAGUUUAUAGUUUCUAAACAUUUGUUCUUUCAUUCUUUCUCCAUAAACAUCAUAGCUUUAAUUUGGGGCCCCUUUAAUUUAAUUUCAUUACAAUUCGUGGGUUUACACAGCUCCUUUUCUGGGGUUUACCUGUUCAUCUUCAUCUAUUAUUUUCUUGGUUUUACUGGGUGCCGAAUUCUUGCUUGAGCCCCUUCAAUCCGAAGGUGUAAAAAACACCAUUCUUUUGUUGUUUCCGAUUGAUUCUUCAUCUGGGUAUUUGUAAGAACAAGUUCUACUGAAAGAAUUUUCAGUAAAAAUGGCCCAUGGGAGGAAAAAGAAGGUGCAUCUUAGCAAGAUGUACUCAUUUAGGAGAGGUGCAUUCGAAGAUGAUCAUUCACAGAUUGGAGGGCCUGGGUUUUCAAGGGUUAUUUAUUGCAAUGAAAAUGGUGGAUCAGAGGGCGUGAUUCAAAAUUACGCCGAUAAUUAUGUGAGGUUAACAAAGUACACACCAGUAACAUUUCUCCCAAAAUCAUUGUUUGAACAGUUUAGAAGAGUCGCUAAUUUCUACUUUCUUGUUACUGGGAUCUUAGCUUUUACACCAUUAGCUCCUUAUUCACCUGUUAGUGCUGUUCUUCCUCUUAUUAUCGUCAUUGGUGCUACAAUGGUGAAAGAAGGGAUCGAAGAUUGGCAAAGACAACAGCAGGAUCAUGAGGUUAAUAAUCGAAAAGUUAAAGUUCAUCGUGGUGGUGGAGUUUUCGAAUCGAGCCAAUGGAAGAAACUAAGAGUGGGUGAUAUAGUGAAAGUAGAAAAAGACGAAUUCUUCCCUGCUGAUCUUCUUUUGCUUUCAUCAAGCUACGAUGACGCAAUCUGUUACGUUGAAACGAUGAAUCUAGAUGGCGAAACGAAUUUGAAGUUAAAACAAUCAUUAGACGUAACUUCUUCAAUCAACGAAGAUUCAAAAUUUAACAACUUCAAAGCUACAGUAAGAUGCGAAGAUCCAAACGCAAGUUUAUACACUUUCGUUGGAACAAUGAUGUUUCAAGAACAACGAUAUCCACUUUCACCUCAACAGCUUCUUUUACGAGAUUCCAAGCUUCGAAACACAGAUUACAUCUAUGGCGCCGUGAUCUUCACUGGUCAUGACACGAAAGUCAUCCAAAAUUCAACGGACCCACCUUCAAAAAGAAGCAGAAUCGAGAGACGAAUGGAUAACAUCAUCUAUUUCUUGUUCUUCGUCUUGUUUCUAAUGGCUUUUGUAGGAUCGAUCUAUUUCGGGAUUGUAACUAGAGACGAUUUAGAUGGUGAUCGAAUGAAAAGAUGGUAUUUAAGACCAGACGAUUCUGAUAUCUUCUUUGAUCCCGAACGAGCUCCCAUGGCAGCCAUCUAUCACUUCCUCACAGCAGUGAUGCUAUACAGCUACUUAAUUCCCAUCUCUCUGUAUGUUUCAAUUGAAAUGGUGAAAGUAUUGCAGACGAUUUUCAUCAACAACGACAUUGAUAUGUACGAUGAAGAAUCUGAUAAACCCGCCCAUGCUAGAACAUCAAAUUUGACCGAAGAACUUGGUCAAAUUGAUACAAUUUUAUCAGAUAAAACAGGAACUUUGACAAUGAACUCAAUGGAGUUCAUCAAAUGCUCAGUAGCAGGGACAGCUUAUGGGCGUAAAGUUACAGAAGUUGAAAGAGCCAUGGCUAAAAAAUCAGGGUCUCCAUUUCGAUUUCUUGAAGAUGAAAAAGAUGCGUUUUCUCAUUUAUCAGUGAAAGGAUACAACUUUGAAGAUGAAAGGAUUACAAAUGGGAGAUGGGCUCAUGAACCACAUUCUGAAGUGAUACAAAAGUUUCUUCGAUUAUUAGCAAUUUGUCAUACAGCCAUACCUGAUGUGGAUGAAGUAACAGGGAAAGUGACUUAUGAAGCUGAGUCACCUGAUGAAGCAGCUUUCGUGAUUGCAGCUCGAGAACUCGGGUUUCAAUUCUAUAAAAGGACACACACAAGUGUCUGUUUUAUGGAGUUUGAUCCUAAAUCGAAGACAAAUGUCGAAAGAUCAUAUGAACUUUUGAAUGUUCUAGAGUUUAAUAGUACACGAAAGAGAAUGUCUGUUAUUAUAAGGGAUGAUGAAGGAAAGCUAUUAUUACUUUCUAAAGGUGCUGACAGUGUGAUGUUUGAAAGACUAUCAAAAAACGGGAGAGAAUUCGAAGAGAAAACAAGAGAACAUGUGAAUGAAUAUGCGGAUGCAGGGUUAAGGACUUUAAUACUUGCAUAUCGUGAACUCAAUGACAAAGAAUACAAAGAAUUCAAUGAGAAAUUCACAGAAGCUAAAAACUCAGUUAGUGCAGAAAGAGAUGAUUUGAUAAGUGAAGUUACAGAUGAGAUUGAGAAAGAUUUGAUACUUCUUGGAGCAACUGCUGUUGAGGAUAAACUGCAAAAAGGGGUUCCAGAAUGCAUUGACAAACUUGCUCAAGCUGGAAUCAAGAUAUGGGUUUUAACUGGUGAUAAAAUGGAAACAGCCAUUAAUAUAGGUUUUGCUUGUAGUUUGCUUAGACAAGGAAUGAAACAGAUAGUAAUAACAUUGGAGUCGCCGGAAAUCAUAGAAGCAGAAAAAGCCGGGGAUAAAAAUGUCAUUGCGAAGGUUUCCAAAGCUAGUGUUGAGAAACAGAUAUCAGAAGGAAUGGCUCAGAUGAAAGGUUCAAAGUCUGAGGCAUAUGCUUUGAUCAUUGAUGGAAAAUCUCUUGCGUAUGCUUUAAACGAUGACACAAAAAACGAGUUUUUAGAACUUGCAGUUGGAUGUGCCUCUGUUAUUUGUUGUCGUUCGUCGCCAAAACAAAAGGCAUUGGUUACACGACUUGUUAAAGAGGGAACCGGAAAGACGACAUUAGCAAUCGGCGAUGGAGCUAACGAUGUCGGAAUGAUUCAAGAAGCCGACAUCGGAAUCGGAAUCAGUGGAGUUGAGGGAAUGCAGGCGGUUAUGUCGAGCGACAUCUCAAUUGCUCAAUUCCGGUUUUUGGAACGAUUGCUAUUAGUCCACGGACAUUGGUCUUACCGAAGAAUUUCUUCAAUGAUAUGCUAUUUUUUCUAUAAAAACAUCGUAUUUGGAACCACGAUUUUCUUGUAUGAAGCUUAUGCAUCAUUCUCAGCUCAACCUGCGUAUAAUGAUUGGUAUUUGUCUCUUUACAAUGUCUUCUUCACAUCGCUUCCUGUCAUUGCAUUGGGAGUAUUUGAUCAAGAUGUAUCUUCUCGAUUUUGUCUCAAGUUCCCUUUGCUAUACCAAGAAGGUGUACAAAACACACUCUUCAGAUGGCGUAGAAUCUUCAGCUGGAUGCUCAACGGGCUAAUAAGUGGCAUAAUCAUAUUUUUCCUCUGUAUCACAGCCUUAAACCCCGAAUCAUACAACAAAAAUGGAAAAACAGCUGGGAUGGAGAUUGUGGGGGCCACAUUGUACACAUGCAUCGUAUGGGUAGUCAACUGCCAGAUGGCAUUAGCCGUUAGUUACUUCACCUUAAUCCAACACAUCUUCAUCUGGGGAGGUGUGCUCCUGUGGUACCUCUUCCUGUUAGCUUAUGGUGCACUCCCAGCCUCCAUUUCAACUACUGCAUAUGAAGUCUUUGUGGAAACACUUGCACCUUCUCCUUCGUAUUGGGUUGUGACUCUUUUUGUAGUGAUUGCUUCUUUGAUACCGUAUUUUAGUAUUAAGGCGAUUCAAAUGAGGUUCUUUCCGGGGUACCAUGGAAUGGUGCAAUGGAUAAGGCAUGAAGGUCAUGGUGAAGAUCCUGAGUAUUGUAAUAUGGUUAGACAAAGGUCGAUAAGGCCAAGGAUGACUGUGGGGUUGACUGCUCGUUCGGUAGCAAGAGAUAAUAAUUUGUAUAAUUUGGAUCGUCAUCUUGAGAGAUGAUUUUGGGGUACAUAAUGUAUUUUGAUUUAGAUUGUUGUUUGUACAUUGUAAAUUUGGAUAGUGGAUGUAUAGGGUUAUAGAAAUUAAUUAUUUUAUUUAAUAUUUGUUGUAUAAUAAAAACAAUUUUUAGUUGUAAAAUUUCAGCCUUUUGGAUGUCCAUUCAUAAA